AUGAGAAAGAGGAAGAGGAAAGUGGAAACCCACUGCCCUGGCAUUCUUCCAACGCCCUUGUUACCACCACAAAGUGAAGAAGAUGAGGUGGUAGAUAAAAAGAUGACCCUACUCAGUGCCAAGGAAAGUGAUCCUGACCUUCCCAAUGAGGACAGAUUACAGAGUCAGCAGGAUGAAGGUACCUGUAUGAUGCAUCAGGAAUGUCAGAUCCAGCCUUGUGAGCUCUCAGUGUCCCAGGAGCUCAGGCCCUCUUCUCCUGCAGUGACAUCCUUGGCAUCACCACCACUCUGUCUUCGUUGUUUUUUAAGCUGUGUCUGCCAGACGUUCUCAAGGUCUAGGAAGAGGAAAUCUCCUGGAGGAGAGGGCACCAGGCAAGCUGAGACAGGAGGUGAUGCUAAGGCUCUGAGACCUGGUCUGCUGAGGGUUCUAGGCAAAAACAAAGUACAGCCUCACUGA